AUGCCGGAGAACGUAGAGACAGUGGAGACCGUCUCUUCUAGCAGCAGCACCGGCUACCCCCAAAUGGGUAACAAUUUCAAGCUAGAUGAUGAACGGACUCUGGCCCUGAGAACAGCUAAGAUCGAGGUACAGGAAUCAGAAAACUACGACAAGCUGCCCUUUUCCUUUCCCUGGUGGAAGAAAUGGACGAUCCUGGUCAUCAUCUUCCUCGUCCAGGUCUCGAUGAACUUCAACACGAGCGUCUACGCCAACGCUAUCGCCCCCAUGGCCGAACACUUUUCAAUCACCGAAGCCACCGCCAGACUCGGCCAGAUGGCUUUCCUCAUCGCCUAUGCAUUUGGUAGUGAGCUCUGGGCGCCGUGGAGCGAGGAACUCGGGCGCUGGCCUGUGAUGCAGCUCAGCCUGCUCCUGGUCAAUAUAUGGCAGGUUCUCUGCGCACUCGCGCCCAAAUUCUCCUACAUCCUUGCCGGCCGUACCCUGGGGGGACUGUCUUCUGCCGGCGGCUCGGUCACGAUGGGGAUGAUAGCAGACAUGUGGGAGCCGGAUAGGCAGCAAUACGCGGUCGCUUUCAUCGUUCUAUCUUCGGUUGCCGGCUCUGUUGUCGGUCCCAUUGCCGGAGGGUUUAUGGAAGUCCGCCUACACUGGCGAUGGAACUUCUGGAUCCAGCUCAUCCUUGGAGCUGCCGUCCAACUCGCCCAUUUUCUCCUUGUACCAGAAACUCGCUCGACCAUCGUCUUGAAUAACCUGGCGAAAAAACAACGGAAAUCGGGAAUAGCCAAAGUUUACGGUCCACGAGAGCUUCGUCGCUCUAACCUCGCCCUAAAGGAGGUCAUUACAAUCUGGAUCCGCCCCUUUAGCAUGUUCAUCCGCGAGCCGAUUGUGUUAUUCCUUUCCCUUCUAAGUGGAUUUAGUGACGCCCUCAUUUUCACCUUUCUUGAGUCGUUCAGACCAGUCUAUAGCCAGUGGGGAUUUGAGACCAUCCAGAUUGGCCUUGCCUUUAUACCCAUCAUGAUCGGCUAUUUCCUUGCAUACUUCUCGUUUUUCCCUAUCAUCAUGAAAGACAAAAGGGCCAUGUCGAGGAACCCCGACGCUCUUGAGCCUGAAUCACGCCUCUGGUGGCUUCUUUUUACUGCUCCACUAGAAACGAUUGGCCUCUUUGGAUUUGCAUGGACAAGCAUGGGCCCGCCCGCAGUGCAUUGGUUUGCUCCAAUGUUUUUCUCGAUGCUGAUUGCAAUUGCAAAUUAUUGCAUCUAUAUGGCCACAAUUGACUAUAUGGUCGCCAGCUAUGGUCCAUACUCUGCGUCAGCUACGGGUGGCAACGCUCUGGCAAGGGACUUUUUAGCAGGCAUAGCCGCCCUUUACUCUACGCCCAUGUAUCGAAGUAUCAAGCACAAAUACCGUCUCGAAAUACCUUCCACUAUCCUAGGUUGUAUCUCCUUCCUCGUCACUAUACCCAUAUACAUCUUCUACUGGAAGGGCCCUGCAAUACGCGCAAGGUCAAAGUUUGCGCAGGGUGUUGAUCGUAAUAGAAAGGAACUUAGGCAUCGCCGCGCUAUCCACCAGAGGAGUUCUCUUGACGCUGGAAAGUCGACUGAUGCCUAG